GCCUGCAGGUGGCGAUGUCUCCAGGAGAGGACGGUCUGAUCGGGAUCCCCUUCCCGGAGCACAGUAAUGAGCUGCUGUCUCGGCUGAAUGCCCAGCGGCGCCGCGGCCUGCUCUGCGACCUCACGCUGACCUCCCGCGGUGCCCGCUACCCCACGCACCGCUCCGUCAUGGCAGCCGUCAGUCUGUACUUCCGGCGGCUGUUCGGGGCGGAGGAGGGCGAGGGUGGCGAGGGCGCGGGUGACGGCUGCAGCGUGUGCCAGCUGGACUGCGUGGCGCCGGACGCUCUGGCGGCGCUGCUGGAGUUCGCCUACACCGCCACGCUCACCAUCCGCAGCUCCGGCAUGCGGGACGUCCUGAAGGGGGCGCAGCUGCUGGGCAUCCAGUGUGUGGCCGACGCCUGUCGGGACAUCCUGGGUGAGACUGGCGACGCCCCCACGGAUGCAGUGGAGGAGGCGGAGCCACUGCCGUCUCGCCGCAAGCAGGACCGCUGCUCCGUAUCCCCCGCCAGACCCGUGUGCCGGCGCUCUGAGGACAUACACGGCUACGAGGGACACCCGCCGCCCGCCGCUGGGGUGCUGAUGAACGGAGGUGGAACCUGGCUGCAGGAGGCCACGCCCAUCCCACGCAGACCUGAAGACACACCCUCAGAGGAGGAGGAGUCUGGCCUGCAGGGGCGGGCCACUCCCCACCACAGCCAAUCACAGCUGGCGGACGGAGGGGGAGGCGGAGUCACAGCUGUGAGUGGCAGGAAGAGGAAGUCCCAGACGCCGCAGCAGUGCCCCGUCUGCCAGAAGAUCAUCCACGGAGCCGGGAAGCUGCCGCGGCACAUGCGGACACACACCGGCGAGAAACCGUUCCAGUGCACCGCCUGCGGAGUGCGCUUCACACGGAACGACAAGCUGAAGAUCCACAUGCGCAAGCACACGGGCGAGCGGCCGUACCCCUGCCCCAGCUGCCCGGCGCGCUUCCUGCACUCCUACGACCUGAAGAACCACCUGUCCCUGCACAGCGGCGACCGGCCCUUCGAGUGCCCGCUGUGCCACAAAGCCUUCGCCCGCGAGGACCACCUGCAGCGCCACCGCAAGGGCCACAGCUGCCUAGAGCUCCGCCCCCGCCGACCCCGUCGCACUCCUGGCCCUGCCCACAGCAGCGACUCCCCGCCCCCGGAGUCCUUCAGCCUCCACCAGCAGCAUGCAGAGCACAUGGCAGGGCUCCUGGAGGGGCCGGGGCUCCCCCUGCGCAUCCCCUACCCGGAGCUUCUGUGGCGGGCAGUGGCGGUGGCGGGACCCAUGGGCAAAGAUGGAGGAUCAUCUCCACACGGCGGCAGCACCAUCACACGCAACACAUACAAGGAGGAGGAGGAGGAGGAGGAAGAGGAGGAGCAAGAGGAGGAGUGAUCCCACCCCUGAGUGUGUGUGUGUGUGUGUGUGUGUGUGUGUAGCUUCCAUAUAUCAGUCCCGCAGUGGCGUCUCUCUCUGCUCCUGGUGCUGGUGGGCUCCUGAAGGGUCUCUGUUCUGUUUGUUUGUGUUUCUGUGGUUGUGUAUGAGUCCUGCGUUUGGAGAUUCAUCUUUUGUUUAUGUCGGAGUGUCGAGGAUGUUGACGCUAUGCAAACAUUUGAGUGAUUGAACAAACCUGUUUUAAAAACAGACUAAUGAAUGAGUUGAGUAUGCAGAAGAGUGGGCGGGGAGGGGGCGUGGCCUUGUUUUCUAUGGCGGUGUCGCCACCUACAGGCGAGGCGGUGCAGCUGCACUCAGGGUGUCGUGAUGAAGGGAAUCUACUGAAGAAUUUACGUUAGCUGCUCUUCAAUUUAGCCUUUUCCAAAGGGAAUGACUUGUUUUAAUGACAGGAGUUCCUUUCAUACCAAAGAGUAGAGGCUAGCUGACACUUCACUUCAGUACGUGAAUGUUCCACAUCUAUCUGUAGCCUUCCAAGCGUCUUCAGCUGGACCAGGUCUCCGUUCUCCCGCAGCUUGUGGAUCUCAGAUGAUUUUGGUUUACGUCUCUUCUGUUCGGGCUGGAUUUUGAAAGCGCAGGUCUUUUGUAAACUAUUCUAUUUAUUUAUUUUGGUUUGAUAUUUAUUGUGACUGUCCUGGUUGUGGCGCUUGGGUUCUUCCGCAUCUGCUCUGCUCCUGGAGCCUGGUCUCGGGUCGGUUUUGCCUUUUAAUUGUAAUGGUUGCAGGUAGACGAGGUGCACGUCUGAUCUCAGUUUUGCGAGUGUGUGUGUGUGUGUGUGUGUGUGUGUGUGUGUGUGUGUAAACGCUCAGGUGUAGUAGAGACUGAGAUUCAGGCAUCCUUUGAUUGCAAGUUUUGCACAAUAAAAGUUCAGUCCCUCCGCAGACCAGCAGGAAGCGAGGAGGAGUCUUGCCUUUUUUGAAGCAAAUGCAUAUCUGAGAUAUUUUGGAAUAUGAUGUAUACACACACACACAUAUAUAUAUUUGAUUAUGUGAAUCAUAAAGAGUCUCGAAUAACCUCAGAACUAUAGCUUUAGCCGCCUUGUUUCGCUGCAGGAGCUCGUGGCUCUUUCUCCUCUUGAAUAUUGAAGCAAUAUUACCGCAGCCGUGGCCUGAUGUCGGGGUGCAUUCUGGGGGAUUGUGUGUGCGUUACUGCUGACAGUGGGGAAACUACCCAAAGAGGUUUAUUUGCACUAAAAUGGGAUCUGUCUGUGUGUUGUGAAGUACUGCUCCUGAUUGUGAAUCCUCGUUUCGCCCUUUAUUAAUGACCCGCGCUCUUCUUCUGAUUGAGUUCUUUGCAGAAAUCUGAUUUUUGUUCAUGUGAAAGGUCAAGCUGCCUUAGAUUAUUUGAUUUAUUUGACUUUUGCGCGCAACUAUUCUCAGGAAAUCUUGAGCCAUGCACUAAGUGGUUAUGCAAACGUGUAUUGAAUAUUAAUUUAUUGUAUAUAUUUGUGCUUUGGAGAUGCGAGCGGCCUGUGGUUUAGUAACGGUACUUCACGUCUGUUCUGCGUAAGUUUCUUUUCUAUGGAAGCGGUGACGGUAAUCAGGGAUCUGUUUCUGUUCAGAGUCUAAAUCUUUAUUUCUCAUGGUGUACAAAUGAAGAGAAAAUAAACAGAUUUAUGUACAAA